AUGGUUCCCAGCGGUAGUAGAUCUCGAGGUCGUGGAGGCAGGACUGCGUCGGGUGUAAGGACAUACAAUGGUCAAAACGCCACUAAAGGUGUCAGUGCUCCCGGAACUUCUUCUCACUCGUCCAACCCAUCGGCGACACAUUUUGGGACCAAUUCGCAUCAAAGUCGUCCUUCGCAGUUUCCGCCGAGGACACAGUCUGGGAAUCAUUCCGGGACCCAGUCGCAUCAAAGCCCUCGUUCGCAGUUUCCGCCAAGGACAUCUGGGAACCAUUCCGGGACCCAUUCGCACCGAAGCCUUCCUUCACAGUCACCGCCGAGGAUACAGCCGGUUCCUGCUCUUCCACCACCGGUUCCUGCUCCAGAAGCUGUACCGCCACCAAACCCUAAUGAGGAAGAUGGCGACGAAGGAGGAAUCCCACAUCCUAAUCCACCUCAACAAAAUCAUAAUCCAAAUGUUGACUACAAUGAUAUUUUGGAUCGUUUGCUUGCUCUUCCAGGUCGCGAGCAUCUACCACUGCUGUCUUAG